AUGACGUCACUCUAGCUUAGCACCACGAACAAAGGAUAUUUGAAAAGAAUUUAUAUGAGAGAAGGAAAGAAAGAAAAGAAAAGUAUGAGAUGACACAUGGAGUUGUUUAUGACCUUAAUGACCUUACAUAUUUAAUCGUUUAACAUGAACUAAACACUUUUUUCUUUACUGAAAAAUAGGUGGACCAUUUUUGGUCCACCCGUCCUCAAAGGGUUAAAAAAUUGUUACGUCAGAAUCAUAUUAAAUUUUUAAAUAUCCACGUCGUUCACUCCACUCUUUAUAUUGGUGUUAAAUCAAAAGGUUAUAGACAAUUAUAUGAACAAUUAAUUUCUCCAGAUAUGUUCAUAUAAUCUUGUGUGGGGGGAGGUGUUAGGAUCUGCCAUCUAUUUUAUAUAGAUGGCUUAUCCUUAUAUAAUAGUAAAAUAAAAGAUAGAAAAGUGAGUAUGGUCAGAUAGAUUGUGUGAACACACAAUCCAAUAGUUUUCUCUCUUCAGUUGUCGAUUUUUUUUCUAGUUGCUGUUGUUGUGUUUUUUUAAAGAAGAAACUUUUGUUGUUUUUUGUUUUUCGUCUUUUUUUCUUUUUUUGGGGGGAAAAUAAAGGUAAAAGGAUAUGAGAUCCUAAGAAUAAUAUAUUGGGAAAUUACGAAUUUUAUUAAGAUGAUGAUGUUGCUGAAAAGGAUCAAGAUGAUGGACAAACAGACGAAGAUUUAUAUGAAGAGAAUCUGAGUACACAUAAUUUUGAAUGUUAUCGAGAUUCAAAUUUUCAAGAAAUAUUUUCAACAAACGUUGAUUACAAUGGUAUAAAUUUAAUUACAACUGUUGGAAAAGAUUUUGGUGAUUUUGCUCGUCAAAUAAUCCGUAUUUUAUAUACACCUGAUGAACUUCGAACCUGUAUCUUGCCACCACGCCGACCUCACUUAUCUCGAGAACCACUUGAUCCAGAUCGAUUUCGCCUUCUUAAUGAGGCCGUUCGGGUUAAAUACCGGCUAGCGACACACUUGUACGAUGAUUUCUUCAAGUACCAUGCUGGUUCGAAACUUAGUGAUUUCUUAGUUGAAGAACGUCGUCGUGAUAGUGUCAAGAUUGUUCAAAAACAAGCAAAAUUAGCUGCUUGUCAAACUGCAACUCAACAACAAAAUAAUUAA